AGAAAAACACUUCCGAGAGGGAGAAUGAAGAGAGGAGAAGACGAGGUGGACCUCAGCUUAAGCCUUUUCAUCGGCUCAAACGUCUUCCGUACAAAACCGGCUUCUCCACCGUCCGAUACGACUUCCAUAAGAUCCGAUGAAUCCAACGGCUUAGAUUCUCUCAAACCGCAGCGGAAGCGGUUUCUGUUCGCGCUGCGGCGCCAAGAAGCAAAGAAGAAGAGAAUAGAGAAGAAACAGCAGCAGCUGAACCGUAGCAAUGGCAUUCCCGUAAAUAGUCACACAUGCAAUGGCAAUAUGUUAUCGGAAGGUCGAGCGGCGAAGAAUGGCAGAUUUGGUAAUUUCGAUCAGAUGCAAUACCCUUCUUUUUCCAUGGUGCCGGUGCCGAUGCCUUGCUGGGCCCCAAACGCCGCGGCUAAUGCAUCACCGUCGAUCUCUGGGGUGGGCCCAUAUGGACUGAAUUCUGGUUUUCCGGAAUUUGAACGGUCGGAUUCAAAGCAGAAUGGGAGCAGCAGCAUCUCUUCUGCGGUCUCGGAUGCUCAGAGUGCUUCUCUUCAUGGAUCGAGUGGCAGUCACUCGAGAAGCCAUUCAAGUUGCACCUCAUUCAAAAAACUCAAAGCGGACAACCAACCUCAGGAAUCUGCCCGUGCAGUUGAACACACAAAAGAAAAACUGACAACAUGGAAUACCAUGAAUUCUAUUUCUACCACAGCCAAGACCAUUUCAACUCCUUCAAGCCUCACUAAACACCCACACUCUCCCACCCAAAGAGAAGGAAACAAGGAAAACCUGACACCUCUCACUCCAUCACUAUCACAAAUGCCAUGUGUGUGGACGACUGGGGACGGCCCCAAUGGGAAAACCGUAACUGGGUUUUUGUAUAGAUGCACAAAGACAGAGAUUAGCAUCAUUUGCGUCUGCCAUGGAAUCUCAUUCUCACCCACCGAGUUUGUGAGCCACGCCGGGGGCACUGAUAUUUCUCACCCGCUCAGGCAUAUCGUAGUCGUUCCAUCCCUUUACUACCCUUUGGAUUGACAACCGUCUAUGCUAACUUCUCUUCCUAACUGUUUCAUCUGGGAAGGAAAUGGAGCAGACCAUGAAUAUGAUAUGAAUAUAUGUAUGUGUGUGUGUAUAAACGUUACAUGAUUUUCUUUUUCUUUC